GCUAACGGAUUAUAAAGGGGGAGAUUUAGAAAAUUGACCGCCAAUGAGUGGAAAUCAUCGGAAUACUACAGCGCAUAAGGGAGGAAUAAGAUAAAUUUUAUUGACACAUCAAAAUCCUCCUAUUCCCCCUCCCCCCGGAUAUGAAUAACGACAAGUCCCCCAGUACAAGAAUGACGAGUAACAACCCUUUUAACGAGUUUUUUAAAAAAUAAGAAGCCUGACUUCAUUAAGUAAACACAUUUAAAUUUAGGUAAAGUAAAUAAUUCUCGGAAUCCAAGCUAGCCUGACUAAAAGAAAAACUUAAUUUUGAAAAAAAAAGGCCUUUAGACAGGAGUAUUUUGCAGAAUAUCUGCUCAUGUAGAAUUAAUCAACGGUUACUCGCUUUCUUGGAAGUGCGGUUCUUCAACGAAUGGUUUUGAACGAUCUGAUUAUAAAUUCUUCUUUUAGCUGCUAAAUGUUUUCUCGAAAAUUAAUUAAGAGAACUUGGUGUUAGAUCAAGACAAGAACGCUUUAGCUGGUGUGUUUGUCUAUUAUCAUCACCUUUAAGUUAGAUAUCGUGUUCGCGUUGUCAGGAGAAGUUGGGUCAUAGCCUUUUAACUCCCAUGAGUGACCAAAACAGAAUUUCUCCUCAUAACAUCAAUACAAUAUUAAGUUGAAAAGUGAUGAGAAUAAAGAAAAAUAUCAAUUAGGGGAUUAUCACUAGAUCCAAUACCAAAUUCUCCAAACUAACAAUGUAAGAACUAUAUGCCAGGCAGUAAGGAGAAUUACUCGUCAGAUCUUGGGAUUGAAAGGGCUAAUUCCUUCACCACUGUAAGGGUUAAUUUAGAACUGCAGUAAAAACCACAGUCUUCCGUCGCUCAAUACCACAGUGCUUACGAGAGAAAUCUAAAUCACGAAUCAAUUAAAUGGGUGAAAAGGGUCUUGUUAUCUUUCCAAGGAUAUUUUCAACUCAGCAGAAUGGACACUUAUCUAACAAGUUGGCUUGUGUACCUACUCUUUAUGACAAAUUUUGCGAUUUGUGAGAAAGCUAAAAUUGACAGGACAGAAAUCGCCAAUGGCACAGACGUUUUGGCUAAGCUUUUGAAUAAAACCUGUUACGACAAAAACGCCAGACCCCAGGCAGGAGGGGAGCCAGUCACUGUAAGUCUCAGCAUGGCGGUUCAAUCUUUUACAAAUAUAAAGGAAUCUAAUAUGGAAUUUACAACGUCAAUGUUCUUACGUCAGGAAUGGGUCGACUUAAGAUUAGCACACAAGUUGAAUGGGACGUUGCCGGUGAGAGGCGUUGAUGUGCAGAAAAUAUGGCGUCCAGACACUUACUUCACCAACAUGAACGAUUAUAAGUUGUACGAGGACAAUCAACUGGCUCUGAUAUCAAGCAACGGUAGAGUUUACUUUAGUUCGAGGUUAGUUGUAGCUGCCUCCUGUCGAAUGUAUUUACAAAAGUUUCCCACAGACGUUCAAAAGUGCAGCCUUGUUCUUGAAAGUUUUGCCUUUACCAGAGACAUGGUGGAAUAUCGAUGGCAGUACCCCAAACCAGUGAAUAUCCUCGAUAUGGAGCUGGCAGAAUUUGAUUUGACCAAAACUGAAUAUAUUAAGAGAGAUGUGGAGUAUGUAGCAGGUAAAUACCGUGACAUGAUCGUAACCUUCACAUUCAGUCGUCGGAUCGGUUACUACCUAAUUAACUUCUACGUUCCUUGCAUCAUCAUGGUUAUUAUGAGCUGGAUUGUGUUUUGGAUUGAUCGAGACAACAUUGGCGACCGAAUAGCUCUCGGGAUCACGACCGUCCUCACAAUCGUAUUUUUACUGGGUUCCAGUAACAGCACUAUGCCCCGAGUCAGUUACCCGAAGGCUAUCGACUGGUACAUGAUGACUUCGUUCAUCUUCGUGUUUAUGUCGCUAAUCAUGUGUCUGUUGAUCUUCCGGUUUGAUCGAAAGAAGAACAAAGAGCAGCGCCCGCCGAGGUCGGUCAGCGGUGAACCUCCAGCUGAGGCAAUUUCGAUGCAGAUAUCAGAAGAGCCAGACAUUCGGAGCCGUGUUUCAUACUACGUGGCAGACUCUCAAGGAGCUGUGUAUCCAAUCGUUCGCAGCGUGUCUGGUCUCAAAAAGAAAACCCUCUUAACGCCACGCUUUCCCAAGAGGCUUUGCGGACUGCCGGUGAAAGUCACCCGAGAUAACCUUGGAGUGGCGCUAAACAAUCUCUGUAGAUUUCUCUUUCCAUCCUCGUUUCUCUUGUUCAAUCUUGUGUAUUGGGUUGGCAUAGCCUAAGUUUGUUGGGAACCAAGAAAGAGAAAAAGCUUUUGAAUGUAUAUCUUUGUCACGCACCCUGGUGAUGGGCUUGAAAAGUCGGCUAUGGUUUGGUUAACAAGUUGAGUUUUUUAUUUCUCGUAUCGGUAAAGUUCCUCGUUUUCAUAUGAAAAAGUUCGGUUCUGUUUACUGAAUGAGAAAGCCCAAUUAUUAAAAGUUAAAACAUGUUACGUCGGUUAUAUUAUUCUUCGAUAAGUUCAACAUCUGGGUAUUCAUUCUAAACGAACUUUUUACACUGAGGAUUAAAAAAAAAAAGAAAAAAAUCGAACUUUCCGUAUAUAACUCACAAGAUCUGAUCGUCAAUUUUCCCCUCUAGCCGCUGUACAUUUCCUUGUAAAUUAGUUACGAAAAUUUGGUGUCAGAUCAAGAUAACAACUUUUACCUGAUAAGUUUGAGUAUUCUCAAUUCCGGAUUGUAAGAUAAACUAUGGGUAAUUUAGGGAGAAGCUGUGUGUUAACCACUUCUAGAAGUUAAAGGGUUAAGUUCCAAGGGUAGAUAGAUCUAAACACACUCAAGCUAUCCUAAGAAACGCCUCUAUACGAGAUAACAUAAAAGCAAGUUUGACUUUUGAUCGUGGAUAAGUGCAAAACACCUUUCGAGAAACUAACCCCAUAAAAUGGACUGAAGAACAGCUCUACUGAGUCUUAUAGAGUUCAAUAUGAGGGGAUGAUUUUACAGUCGACUAUCGAUCCAGACAAUUCAGAUCAACACUCUUUGCUUAACAAGACACGUCUCUGAAUCUGAACUUCUAAGGCCUACAAAAUGAAAAUUUUAAACUG